CAGACUUCCGUAAACUUGGCAAUGUGUUUUGUUGCGUUACGUGGAUAUUGUUCUAAUGGUUAUUGAGAAGUUCGUGUAAAAUCAGAAAGAAAGAUGUGUUGUCAAAACUUAGUAGACUGGAAUGUAAGACAAAGCAAAGAGCGGAUACCGUAGUCAAUUGUGCAACAAAUGCAGAUUUUUGGAAACCGGCGUUUCAAAACAUUUCUCUCUGUGAAGAUUUCACUGGAGUGGAUGAGUGCAUUGCAGCUAUUACCGCUUCAUAAUGACGGAAUCGUAUGGCAGUAUAUUGCCAAAACAUGCUAUUUACCCAUCAUCAGGGGCCAGUCCAUACCUGAUUCUCCUGGUUGUGGUCAAGUUUUUGAGGGCUGUGGGCCUGUUUAUGUCCUAUGAUUUACUCAAGUUGAUUCCAGUGGUUCAGUUCCUUUUCAUUGUAAAAGCAGGGAGUUCUAUACCAUUAUUACUUCUCCAGAAGCCAUUCUCAUCAGGGAAAAAACUGUCAAAAAACCAGUGGUUCCGAGUUGUAAGACAUGCAGUGUUUGGGGGACUCAUUAACUUGCUCUGGCUGUUUGGACUAACACUCUGUGGUCCUCUGAGAACAAUCCUCCUUUUUGAGCACAGUGAUUUAGUGAUAAUAGCAGGAGCAUGUGCUGUAUUUACAAACAACGGAGGAGGCCCCUCAAAGAUGAGAGGGGCCAUAUUCUUCAUGAUAGCUGUGAUAACUUUACUUCUGUUUGACCAUGAUGAGAGACUAGAUAAUCUCGCUGUACAUGAAUCUAGUGAAAUACAUCAAAAUAUUUUCACACAUCUGUUUUAUCAUGUCGUCAAUUUCAUUGGAUGGUCAGAUCACAAGGGUGGAGUGGUCCUGUUGGCGAUCACCCUGUUUACACAUGUAGGCUAUAGCAGUGCGUCUAAGAAACUGUCAGUGGAUAUUGGCGGGUCCAAACGACUCCAUGCUCUCUCUUCACUGCUACAAGCCAUACUGCUCUUUCCUUGGAUGCUCUUCAUGCACUUUACAAGAGAGAGUUACAUUGAAUCCUGGUUGUACCUACUGUUUCCCCUGACCCUGGUGAUAUUGUUCGUAUUUGUGGUGGACUUUUAUAUCGAGGCGGUCGUAACAAACCACCUCCAGCCUCCAAAGACUGCUGUGUAUGGUACAUACGCAAUCACAAUUAGUGCUCUGUUUCUCGGCCUGACGUGGAAUCAUCCAAUGAUGUCACAAAUUACAACCCUUCACAAGUUACGCGACAUUGUCACGGAGGACCAUGUGUUGUCUGGGGGUGUGGUCCUCAGCCUCAUGACUUUCCUUCUUGCUUCUAGCAUAUUGGGAUUUCCAAGUAAGUCAACGAAGGGUGGGAGUUUUGUAGGCUACUCCCCAUCAGGGCUGCCCCUCUACAGCUUUACAGGAGAUGCUUUACAUAAAACAUCACACUCAGUGUUGUCCAUUAUCAAGAAUGGGCUACGCCAAAUAUUGGAGGAUUCCAACUCACGCAAAAUAUUUUACUUUCUGUGUAUAAAUUUAAUAUUUACCUUUGUUGAGCUGGUGUACGGUGUGUGGACUAAUAGCUUAGGUCUGAUAUCCGACGGAUUUCAUAUGUUGUUUGAUUGCUCCGCUCUGGUAAUGGGACUUUACGCAGCCAUCAUGAGCAGAUGGAAAGCGACUCGCAUAUUCUCCUAUGGGUAUGACAGAGUGGAGGUGCUAUCUGGGUUUAUAAAUGGACUAUUCCUUGUUGUCAUAGGAAUAUUUGUUUUUACUGAAGCAAUAGAACGCUUACAUGAACCGCCAGUGGUGAAGACAGAGAGACUUCUUACUGUGUCUAUUAUAGGAUUACUAGUAAAUCUAGUCGGUAUAACGGCCUUCCGGAGCUCUCACACUCAUGGUCACGGCCACAGUCAUGGUGGAGGACAUAGCCACGCAGACCAGCAUGGCCAUUCACAUGGUGCAUCUAGUCAGUCCGAUCAUAACAUCAAUAUGGAGGGUGUCUUCCUGCACGUGUUAGCGGACACAAUGGGCAGUGUGGGGGUAAUCAUAUCAUCCCUGUUGAUUGAGAACUUUGGCUGGAACAUUGCCGAUCCAAUCUGCUCGCUGUUUAUCGCCACCAUGAUUCUAUUGAGUGUGAUGCCACUACUGAAGGAGACAUCAGUCAUCCUUCUCCUUAGAAUGCCUGUCAAGAUGGAAAGGGAGUUGUCUACAGCAUGUAGCAAGUUGUUGACAGUAGACGGAGUGCUGUCCUACAGAGAGCCUAAGAUCUGGUGUCACUCUGCUGACAAAGUAUUUGGUACUAUACAUAUACAGGCUGCCCCUGACGCAAGUGAACAAAAGGUGGUAGCUCAGGUAAGCAGUGUAUUUAAGGAGAUCGGUGUGUCCAAUCUGACAGUUCAGGUGGAGAAGGAGAGUUAUUUUCAUCACCUGUCGGGGCUCGGUGCUAACUUCAAUGACAUGGCUUAUAUGACCAACAAUUUUAAAUCACAACCUCUUUCAGUGGAAGACAGCUUUAUCAAAUCUAUAUAAAGCGUUAACCAUGGACUUAAUCUCAUUCGAUCAAGGAUUGCAAGGGCACAUGUACAAAAUUAAAUAAAUGUUCAUGUAUGAAAGGUAUUUGAAAUGAAUUUUAAAGGCGACACGUUUUGUGAAAAUAUGAAGAAUUUUCAGUAUAUUUCUUAAAUCAUAUGAAAGUGAACAAACUACAGUCUGUUUAUAAAUAGGGCUAUUACUAGUACAGUUAGCAGUAAAAUAAAUUAGAUAUAUCAUAUACUGAAGGACUCCAGAAAUAAAGAAAUUCUAUGCAGAGUGGGUGAUGGAGAAAAUGUGGCUUAUCAUAAAAAAUCAUGGUACUGUUUAAAUUAAAUCACUUCUUUAGUGGUCCCUGUUAGACAAACCUUGAUUCCUCCUGUUAGGUAGAUAUAUUACUAGGAAAGCCAUUAUCAUUGUCGUCCUUCAUUAUUGCUAUUUUUAAAAGACAAUAGCCGUCUAAAUGACGAGAUAGGUUUUCAUCGGCAAAGCAGUGAAAUCGUAUAUGAGAGAAAUACGUGGUGACUAUGGUUUAUGCCAAACUUAAUUACCUCUCUUGUUCUAUGAAUACCCGUAUUAACUGUUCACAAAUUCCGUUCAUAAGUUAAACAACUUUACAUACCUCUUCUAUGUUUUUUGUCUCAGUUAAUUUAAUAACUUCAUAAUGGUGGUCAGUUUUAAUAAGUUUCAAAAUAAAUCCAAGUGCAUGUACAUGUAUUAGAUUGUAAAUACAUGUAUAUAUGCAAAAGUAGCUUUAGAAAGAAUUUAGAAAAUUUUUGUCUCCAAAAUAUUAUUUUGAAAAAAGGGAAAAAAAACAUCAUUACUCCCAAGGCUAGUUUCUUAUAUUUAAUAGCUGAUCAACUAAGGAGGAAAUCAAACAUGUUCUUGUAGUCCCACAACUCUUGUAUCAUUAGAGAAGUAGGUAUUUAUGCCAAUUUAUUGGGAUGUACUUGUACUGUGAUUGUUAAGCAUGUUGUUUUCUUAUGUUGACAUGGCAUCGAGAUAAUUUUUAGUCUAAGGGAAAGUGAAGAGAACUUCAUAUAUGAUAUUUUGUUAUUCAAAUCACUUUCAUUGUGUAAAUGUAUCUUUAAAAGUAAGGGAACCAAACACUGUGAAUUCAUUUUAAAAACAUCAUUCUUUAUGUUGUAUUGUGUUUCACCAGUACCACAAGUAUUUGGUCAUAAUGACGUGUUCACACAUUGAUAAAAAAAACUUAAAUACAUGUACAACAAUAUUACACACUUGUAUACAUUCAAUACUUUGCAAGGUGUCUCUUCAGUCAGAUCACAUUUAAAGUCUGUGACAAGGUCAAGGCAAUUUAUAACAGGUGGUUUGACAACACAAACACAUCGCCAUUGUGACCAAAUAUUUUUGGUAUUGUACUGUAUACCUGGUAUAAUCAAUCUGAUUUAAAGUUCUCCAAGUAUUUACAUGCUUAUAUACAUGUAUUGAGUAUUUUUGAUAUGUGAUAGAUUUAAUUUAAAAUUGCAAUAUUCUGUGAUGAUUUCUUUAAAUGUUACUAUGAUAAAACAACAGGUACUUUAUAAAUAUAUAUAAAAAGUAUUUUUGUUCUUAAAAUAUAUAAAGUAUUAAUUUUUUGAGGUCGGAGGAUCUCAAUUAAUUCAAAUGUUGUGAAUCUAGCUUUUUUCAUGUUAUCUGAAUUGAAUCAUUGAUAUAGAACUUCAUCAUGUUGAGAAAAUGAUUAUCUUGUACAUGAAGAAUAUACAUGUGCAUUGCUAGAACUGAGUUUUUUGGGUUUUUUUUGUUUGUUUGUUUGUAUUAUAUGUACAGACUGUAUACAUGUAGCGAUAUAGAGUUAUUUAAAACAAAUUGAUCCCUGCAUGAAACUAAUGACUGUAUUUAAUAAAUCAGAGAAACUGGUAGUACAUGUUUGACUUUAAAUUAGUUUUUCAGAUAGAAAUAUAAAGUAGAAGAAAUGUUCUAUUUACAAAUAUUUAUUUUGUACAACCUUCAGUAAUUUCACAAUUAUUAUACACAACUAUUCUCUAUGUCUUAUUCACACAAUAAAUCUUGUGUUGGUGUUUUUGUGGGUGUAUACGUCCAGUGUUCAGAUAUACCAUACAUCUGGUAUUAUUUUACACUUGCCUGUAUUAAAUGUUAUUUGUAUUCAAAACACAUUAAAUGUAUAGAAAAUCAAAUACCAUGGCCGGUUAUUUUAAAAUGUGUUAUAAAGUCAAUAUUGACUUUUUAAAUUUUUUUGUCUAGUGGAAUUUUUUUCCAUACUGCUGUCAUGCUUGGUAAGAAUGCAUCAUUACUUAUUUUCUUACUUAUAUAACAGUUACAGCAGUUAACAAGAAACAUGUUGUAAAAUCUGCAACAAAUUUUACAUAUCUAUAUUU